GUGUAACAAUGUUUUUAUGAGUUCAGGAAGGAUCCUUUGACAUACUGCGUCCAUGACAAAUCGUUGCUCGAUUCAUUAGUAGAUUAGGAUUCCAGAAAAUAUAUGUUCCGCUUUCCCACAAAGUUGCCGCAGUGAAAUGGUGCAGAGCCCAACGCUGGCGUUCCAGCGGAUUCUCCCUUCGCUGCUGCCACUAGCGCUAUCCCGAAGGAUCAGCAGGAGAACGGGAAUAUUUAUUAGGCGAGCAAUCGGCCAAUCCGACGCUAGUUUUAUGCGGAAACUUUCCUGGGAAAGUUACGGGAUGUGCGAUGUUUGGCAGUUUUGUGGAGAUAAACAGAGGCCUAGCGGCCCUAUUGUGACGUCCCUGUCUCUGAUCUCAAACGGCAAACGGUUGUUCUCCACGGCGGACCGUGUCGGGGAUCUGGAGUGUUUGCACGGCCUACGCUAUCUCAGCAUCUGUUGGGUAACCAUAGGACACAGAUACAUGCAAAACAUGAUUUAUCCUUCGUACAACUCCAUCCAGCUGAUUUACGUGAGUCGAACGUGCACGAAACGGCUUAAAAGGAUUUUAGUGUGUUGAGCGGAUCGAACAUCAUUCAAGAUUAAUGAUUUUUUCUGACCUAGCACGUUCAGGACGUUAUUUGAAAUCUGUAAACAAUUAUGACAAAAGAGUGAGUUCACACAUACUAAAUAAGGAAGUACCGCACGAGUAUUAUGCAAAAAAACUAUAAAACGUCGAAAAAUGACCUAUAAGAUGUCAUCUUGCAGACUAGGUAGUUUUCAGGGUGCAAACAGUCAGUUUUCAUAUCAGAGAAGAAUUUUGGUUGAAUAGCAGGAUCGCAUCCGUAUGAUUAUGUGUAUUGGUCUGCAUGUACAUAGAAUGAGUGAUAUUUGCUGAAUGAGAAACUCAUUACUGAAUAUGCUGCUAAUGAAGUAUAUCUAUAAGCUGUUCCCGACAGGUUAUUUAUAUGUUGCCCUUUCCGAAUACAGGUUAU